CAUGUACAACGUGUAUAAAGUUAAUCAACGAAAAAAACAUGAGUGACUUGUUACUUGAUCAGCAUUCACUGAAGAGUCGAUAAGACUUCGGAAAGCUCAGUGGCAUGAACCGACUCUGUUUAAUACGGGACAAACCAAUCACCGAAACGGAAAGGUGCGUCACAAACCAAAUUGUAAACACAGUAGAUAAAAUGACCUAAAAUAGCCUACAGCUUUUAUCAGUUCAUGAAAUAAUUUUGAGCUGCCCUUCAAAAUGGUGUACAAGACGAAUCGCUUCAAAUUUCGAUUAGAAAGUAUAAACACUUUUUAGUGAUCCCCUUCAGAGCAAUGGUCGCGGCUCACUCAAUCAUUUGCAGGUCUCCACACAGCGCAUGGUUUCACCUUCAGCCCUCGUAGUCUUCCCACUCGAACCAUCCUAAUUUUUCCCUGAUUGAUGUUCGGCAUCGCGCAGGCUAUUCACUUGGGUAAGUUGAAAGAAAACUCUGUAAGUCCAUUUUGCGCUGUCAUGCCGUCGAAGACUCAUUCACAUACUUUUAAAAUAAACCACGCGUUGUUCUUGAUAAGCAGUGAAUAAACUUUGUUGUAUCCAUUCAUUUGUAGGAUUGUAGGAUAGGCUGCACUGCUGUUAGACAGUAACACGAUGCUUCCUAUUUUCACUAUGGGUCGUAGACAAUUUGUCUCCCCUUGAUCCUUGAUGAUUCAUCAUUUUAAUAAAAACACCUAAUCGGGUUAUUUAUGAAAAUGAAAACAUGUUCGACCGUUGGCUGUUAGUUUACUAGUGGCCAAGAGAAGCACAUCCAGUGCUGCGUCAGCUGUUCCGAAAAGGUAUUUGAGAUGUUUCAUUGUGGAAAAAACUUGUAGGCUCUUAAACAUACCACCCUUUUCUUAGGUGAGUAUACUGUGAAAAGCGAUAUUUCCCCAAGCACUGGAUGCUCCCAUACUGUCGAAUCGUUAAUCUUAACAUAAAUCGGGCAUAUUAGGUUGUCGAUGAAGUGCUACGUUUACUUGGCGUCAGGUACCCUAAGAAACAAAACAGCUUUCAGGAAGAUUAAGCAGUGGGGGUAGUUAGAUGCUAUGCCUAUUUUGCAAGGGAUGGGUCGCGACUACUGUCUCUACCCUAUAUGUACUGUGAGGAGGAGGGGGGACAUGGAUCUGUUGGAUGCGGGUGGAAAGGGGGGAGGGGGGUCGCCUUCUCUAAUUUUGUAUAAGUUUGAAAUGACGACAUUAUAAACUCGAUCUUCCAUUUAUCCUGUUGGCUACAUUGUGUCUAACAUCAGCCUACAUAGAGAAAAUGAAGGCGCAUGGAGAGCAACGUGAUCUAGCUAAUUACUUGAUUAAAAAAAUCACACGUGGUGACCGUUUUAUGGAAACGACAGUGUUUGCGCAUUAAAAGCAAACGAGCGUUGUCAGUCGGUGCUGUCUUAAUGUAGGUUACCUUUUUUAGUCGGUUGGUGGGUCUAGUUGCCUAUCAACUAGAUUACGAAAGCUGUGUCAAACCGUCUCAAUGUCAAACAGUUUUGGACUACGUGAUUUAUCAGAAGACAUCUAUUGUUCGCAGGUCAAUUCUCUGUGGACCAGGCAGAUUCAGCAGCGGAAGUUAUUUUUCCAGCGAUGUGAAGACAGAGACUAGAGACUAUAGCCAAUUCUUUAUUUUCACAAAGUGGGCUUUUGUAGGCUGCCGUAUCAACAUCGUAUAACGAAUUACCUAGGUUUCGUCAAGUCAAUAAAUUGCAAUUUUUUGGAGGUAGGCUAUGGAAUUUCUGGUAGUGACGCGCAGUUUUUUGGAAUUAACUGGAACUGUAUUGUUGUGUACAAGUGCACAAGGCCUUGCAUAAGGGAGAGACAUUACUUAGAAGAACAAACUCCCCCAUUUCCUGCCAGCACUGUCAUUUCGAAGUCACUUUGUCGGUGCCAGAGUUUGGCUAGAUUAAUUCAUCCAUUAUGAAAGCAUCAAUUUGUUUAUUGAUGUUAGUGACUUAGGUGGUCCUUCGCACAUUGUUUAGCGAUACAUUCCUUGGCUAUCCCAAAAAGUUGCAGUGGUAGGCUAUAGUCACAACAGACAGCCUUUGCUUGGAAUAGCUGACAGCAAUCAGGCUACUGCGCAAUCAUUUUCGCGUUGUCUACCAAUGUUUGUGUAGGGUAUGUGUUGAAGGCAGUUUGGGGUGGGUGUUUUUUCUCUUGACCGUUUCUUAGAUUUGCUUUAGCAACUUUUUGUUUCCCUCUGUUCACCCUGGAGCUGGUUGUCAUCCGUGUUUAGUUGGAGGGACGUCACGCGGCCGCUCUACAUUCUUUGCACAAGUGAAACGAGAGAGAGAGAGAGAGAGAGAGAACGGAACCUGUAGUCUAUACGGCGCCGAAAGAAGGUUGAGCAAAACACGUCAGGAAUUUGCCAUGCAAUGGAAGGAUAUAUUCUACAGAGCGUAGCGCAUGUGAAAUUACACACGUCGAUAUAAAUAUUAUAUCCAAUCUGGCAAUAUCGGUUUCCUUCGGACGAUUCAGGAAUUCAGAUAGGUGUUCUAGAGGAAUGGUUGACAGGCUACGUCUUCUGGCUUGAAAUCAAGAGGAACUCCUUCAGAGGGCUGACUGCGGCAUCUCAACCGUUUUUUAAAAGGGAAAAAAAAGGCCUGUGUGAAGUCUAUGAAUGUACAAUAAGGACUGCUGAAGUGAUCUGUCAAGGGUUUUUUUUGUCCUCUUUCCUCAAGGAGAAAUAUAAUCAGAAAGUGUACGAAAAGAACUCAGUCUCUGUGUCGUCUGACCCAGUGAAAGCUUCGGCGUGAUAAGAGGACACAUAAUUAGCUCUCUCUAGCGCAAAGAGGUAAAAAGCUAAGUUACAAGAAGGAGAGGACUUUCAUGCUGUGACGGCACCACAGACUUAGCCGUUCAGUUAGAUGUGCAGGCCCAGAUAGCCGCCGCAGCAAUCCUUCUGGCGAUUGAAGCUGGUGCUAAAUGAACAACCACAGAUAGCAGAGGACAUCGGAUCUAUCUGAGUCAAGAGUGGAGCGUGGCGAGCGGCGUCCGCCAUGAACCCUAGAGACAGCGCGCAGGAAGUGGCGGUCGAGGGACCCCUCGGGUUGGAGCAGGCGGACGACGGCAGCAAGGCCCUGUCGUUUGACUGCAACGUCUGCGGCCGCAGCUUCCCCUUCCAGAGCUCGCUGUCGCAGCACAUGCGGCGUCACACGGGGGUGCGCCCUUACAAGUGCCCCUACUGCGACCACCGCGCCUCCCAGAAGGGCAACCUGAAGGUGCACAUCCGCAGCCACAAACUGGGCGUGCUCAUCAAGCCCGAUCCCGACGACAGCGAGGAGGUGGACGAAUCGGAAGAAGCCUCAGGGGAAGGCAGUGUCUCCGAGGGACUCGAGGGUGGGAACAGCCCCACCAAAAGCAGCUCGGCUUGCAACAGGGUGCUGAACGGCACGGGGGACGACCGGGGGGCGAAGGUGGCAAGUCGGGGCGUGAAACGGGAGAGGAGUGUGGACACCACGAGGCUGUUGUGCUGCCGGCUUUGCGGGCACGAAGUACAUCGCGAAGACCAGCUUCUCAGCCACAUCGAGAAGGCCCACAUCACCGCCGAUGUGGAAGACGAUGCAUCCCCGACCGAACAGGAGGCACAGGUGGAGCCCGAGGCGGAGGACUUUACCUGCGACACGUGUGGCCAGGUGUUCACCCAGGCCUGGCUCCUGAAGUCCCACGUGAAGAAGCACACGGCUGAGCUGGAGCACCGCUGCAGGGUGUGCGGACGGGGCUUCCGGGAAGCCUGGUUCCUCAAGAGCCACAUGAAGACGCACGCCGGGGCCAAGGCAACGGGUCGAGGUCGGCCACGGAGCACCGACUACUCCGAUCCCCCAGCCACCAUCAAUGACGUGACGCAGGACCCUGAAGUCACAGCUGCCUCGGGUGCCGUCUGCCUGUACGAGAUCUGCUCCAAGUGUGGGAACCUCUUCCACAACCGCGAGAGUCUGCGGGCCCACAGUCGUGUCCACAGCAAACAGACCCGUAACCAGGCAUUACAACACAACCAUGCUGCUGACGAAGACUCACCUGCAGCUAAGAGGCGACUCCUGGACUACCUUUGCCUCCGACCUAUGGAGGAAAGACCCAAGGAGGAGCAGCAGGGGUCCUUGGGCAAGAGGGUUUCCGAGUUGGACCCUGUGUGCAGCUACCAGGCCUGGCAGCUGGCUAAAAGGGGUCGGUUGGGGGAGCCUGUGGAAUACGGUGUCAACUUGGAAGAGUCCCUUGUAGGCGCCACUGUGACCUACGACCGGGAGAGUAGCCGCUACGUGUUGGCGGGGCAAGAGAGGAAGUCAGGUCGCCGUGGAAGCUCCGGAGGCCCAGGGGUCGGGGGAGGCCAGUCGUCACCUGACCACAGCCCUAGUGACUCGGAAUAUCGUCCCUCAUCCCGGCAGGAGAGGCGGCGGUCGACCCAGAGCCGCUCGCACGAGUGCUUCGAGUGCGGGAAGGAGUUCCGCAGCCGGCACCAGCUGAGCGUGCACGAGCGGUUGCACCGCAGAGAGGGGCGUGGCUCAGGAGGCGACGCUGACUCACGGUCUCCCAGCAGACCCGGCACUCCACAGAAUGACAGCCUCAGUGAGACGACCAGAGCCAAGCAGGGCCCAGGAGCCGCCACAGAGGACAAGCCAUACGUCUGCAGCCUGUGCGACUUCAUCGGCCCCGACUCCUCCGCCUUCAUCGCUCACCUGCGUCAGGUGCACCCGGAGCCCAGCCUGGCCCAGGAACCCGUGGCCCCCAAGAGCGGGAGAGCCCGCCGCCCUUCCGUCAGCAUCUCCAGCCGCAGUCGCAGUCGCAGUCGCAGCCGCAGCCGCAGCAGCAGCGCCCGCCGGCCCUCCGUCAGCAUCUCCAGUGGCAGCCGCAGCAGCAGCGACGGGGCCCCCAGCAGCUACCCCAAGCUGAAGCACGCUCUCCUCCGGGGGGCCUCCCACUCUCCCUCCCCCAGCCGCUCCCCUUCGGAGGAGCACCCCCCGCCGCCCAAUGCCGUCACGGCCACCCACGCCCGACCCCUGGCCCUGGCGCCUGUCUGCGAGGUCGCCGUGGACCUGUGUGUGCGGGCCGACGGGGUCCGCGGUGCAGCCUCCGCCUCCGCCUCCGCCUCCGCCGACACCGACACCGACACCGACACCGACACCACACCCGAGGGUCUGCCCAGCCACCUCUGCUCAUACUGCGCCCACAGUACCCGCUACCCAGAGGUGCUGUGGAUACACCAGAUGAUCGCCCACCGGCUCAACAGCAGCGCCCUGGUGCCCAAGUGGGCACAGAAGGGUGCCACCGGCGGUGGCAGCAAGAAGGGUUCGGAGUCGCAGAGACGCACAGGCCCUCCGCCAGCCCUGAAGGGCAAAGAGUGCCCCCCGCUCUCCGCCAAUGUCCGUUCAUCGCGCACGCGCCCCCCCACGAACUUGAGCGGGAGCGGCAGCAGCAGCAGCCAGAAAAGAGACAGACCUUCUUCGUCAUCUUCGUCCUCCUCCUCCUCGUCAUCGCCUUCCACCGCUCAGCCUCGACCGGGCACCUCUGCGGCCGGCAAGACCCCCAGGACCGUGAGCCGCCAGCGGGCCGCGCCGGAGGACGAGCCCCCUUCCUCUCACUCACGGCCCCGGGUGGACCUCUACCCGCGGGUCGCCUCGGCCGGAGCCCUGGAGAAGAACGCCGGCGCCCCCCACAGCGCCACCAGCAGCAGCACCACCACCCCCAGCACGAGCCCCAGGCCCGGGGCCCGUAUGGCAGACAGAUACCUCCUCCCGCAGGAAGGGCUGGGCUUCAUGCUGUCCAGCAAGCACGGCCUCAGCGAGUACGGCCGCCCCAAGAGCUCCUCGCCGUCCCCCCAGACCAUCAAAGCCAAACCGGCCAGUCGUGGCCAGCCUGCACACCCCACCAUCACAGCCACUACCACCGCGAGCCACCUGUAUGGAGCCUCCCAACCACACGGGGGCGCUGCACUCCUGGGGCUGGGGUCCCCCUCGGUCCUACGCUCAGGGGAGGCGAAGCAGGAGACGUUGGCAGCAGGGGUACCAGACUCGCUGGAUAUUCGGAGUUUCUUGAAGAACUACAACUCCCAUGAGCUGGCCUCACUGUACCACCGCUGGGGCAUGACAACCCCACUAAUGGAGCAUACAGGCUUGCUCAGGUCACUGGCCAGGCAAGGGGAGUAUGUGUGCCAGGAGUGUGGGAAGAGCUUCAGUCAGCCCAGUCACCUGCGCACACACAUGCGCUCGCACACAGGGGAGAGACCGUUCCGCUGCCUCCUCUGCCCGUACCGAGCCUCUCAGAAAGGGAAUCUGAAGACGCACGUCCAGAGCGUCCACCACGUGCCCUUCAACAACGCCCUUCACCUGGACGCCGCGCACACCAAGGCGGGCCAGUGUGCGGGCGAGGUCCACACCCCCACCCAUCCCCAGCGCCCCCCACCAACAGCAAGCCGGUCAGACCCCUCCCAGCCACUGACGAGACCGGGACACAGGGAAAUACGUCCAGGAGCGGAGAGUCUUGGAAUGAACCCAGGAACCUUGGAAGCCAAUUACUAAAGAAACUAAAAUAAAUAUCUAAAAAAACAGAACUGCAUUAUGACCUCUUCUCCCAACUUGGUUGGAGGGAGAAGUGGAUGGACAAGUAGUGAACAGUGUGGAGAAAAAUGAAGGACAACAUGGACAGAGACUUGCCCGAUAUUGACUGAUGAAGGACUUGGCUGACACUGUGAACGUUUCGUUGUUUUUUUUUUUUGCCUUUAAUCAUUGCCCAGCUAGUGCCCUUGUUUCCUUUUUUUUAACCUAAUAAUAAUAAUUUUUGAGUUCCUUUUUGAAAACCAAAUCAGCUUGCAAACAUGUGUGGCCAGCGAAUCCCUUUGAGCUUUCUUUGUUUGUUUCAUGGAAGCGCUAGUUAAAGUUUCCGGACUGGCAGAAGGACUCAGUUCAUCCGGCGUUUAUUUUGAAUCACAGGAUAAGAUGAAGUGACCUGCCAUUUUAUGAAGCCCCUUUUGAGAUCUCUAAAGGAAGACUGGGCCUGGAAAAGAAAGUGUGUGUGUGUGUGUGUGUGUGUGUGUGUGUGUGUCUGUCUGUGUGAGCGCAUUAGUGCUCAUUAUGAAAGUGAGAGCUGUUUUAAUGGCUAAUAUAAAUGAGCAUGCGGGUUUAAUGGCUAUCUAAUUAUUGUCAAUUUUAAACAGUACCGGUAGAGCUGGACCUCCUCUCUUCUCUGAUCCCAAAAGCACACUCAAGCCUUAGUGUGGGGAGGCGAAGAUGACUGUGUGUUUGUGUGUGUGUGUGUGUGUGUGUGUGUGUGUGUGUGUGCAGCUCAGCUUUUUUUGCUCGCUUAUGCUGUUGAGCACACUUGAUUUCUCCUCAUCUUUUCUUUUUAUUCCACCUCCUUUGCAUUAAAGGCCUUCUUUCACUGUUUGGGCUGGUUGAACAGCUCCUCAGUUACCUAAGGAUCUGAAGCCAUCCGCACGGACACACACACACACACACAGACAUACACACAAGCAAGCAUUUCAGAGAGGGAAGACAGGCAAGGCACAUUUUUUUUCCUCAUGGUAUAUCACUGUAGAAUAUGUCUGCAUGUUUUUUGUUGCUUUUCUUGCUCUGCCAGCUUUGUGUGUGUUCAUGCACGCCUACUGCCUCCUGGUGAAAAAAGAAGAGUGCUCACUGGGGUGUACAGAAAGAUGAACCAGAUCCAGUAAAACCACAGGUCACAACCCUAUUUAUUCUGAGCUCUCGUGAGCCGUGUCGUUUAGCUGUCCCAGACUUCUGUUUCUGUUUUUACGAAUGAAUAGCCAGCGAAGAAAAUGAUCCAUUGUUGAAUAAUCAACAUCUCUACUGUGGUAAUCACACACCUAUUGUUCAGGAUUGGGGGGG